AUUCUCCAGGUUCUGUGCCUGCUUCCACUGAAACUGGAGGAACGGCGUAUUCGGCCCCUAUGGGGUUCUCAGAUUCCCUGGCUCUUCAGGAGCGUGGAGAACAGCCUCAUUGGUGUGUGGUGGCGUACUGGGAGGAAAAGACCCGCGUUGGGCGCCUAUACUCCGUCCAGGAGCCAUCUCUGGACAUCUUUUAUGACCUACCUCAGGGCACAGGCUUUUGCUUGGGCCAACUCGCCUCCGACAACAAGAGUCAACUGGUGCAAAUGGUUCGGGCCAAGAUUGGCUACGGCAUCCAGCUUAGCCGCGAACCCGACGGUGUGUGGGUGUAUAACCGGAGUUGCUACCCUAUAUUCAUCAAGUCAGCCACACUGGACAACCCCGACUCGCGUACGCUGCUGGUGCAUAAAGUAUUCCCCGGCUUUUCCAUCAAGGCCUUUGACUUUGAGAAGGCGGGAAGCCUACAGCGGCCCAAUGACCAUGAGUUCAGCCAGCAGCCGCGGACGGGCUUCACCGUGCAGAUCAGUUUCGUGAAGGGCUGGGGGCAGUGCUACACCAGACAGUUCAUCAGCAGCUGCCCCUGCUGGCUGGAGGUCAUAUUCAAUAACCGAUAACAGUGAGCCCCACCCCUCACCACGCCCCCCAUUCCUUCAUGGAGACGGACUAGCCCUUACCUUUUGUGGACUAUGUUGUCUUUCUGUUUUGUUUUUCGUGAGAAGUUCUCAGAAGGAUGCUUUACGAGAGAAAUGGAAACCGGAAGCUCACUCGGACUUGUGUAAUGAAUGACUAAGAUUUAAGUGAAAUAAAAGCUAAAAUGUAUUUUAUGUUAAAUAUAAAUAUAUUAUUACCUGUAAAUACGAAGUUUUAUAUGCAUUGUUAUUUAUGUAUUGUGCAAUGUGUUGAUGAGAAAAAAAGAGAUGCACUUUGCUUAAUAUAAAUGCAAACAAAGAAAUGCCAAAAUAAAACAAAAAAUAC